GCCCAUCUGCUGACCUAGGGAGCACGCGCAGUUUCUUUCUGACGCGAUAGCGGCUUGCAAUAGAAUUGUUCUCAUGGUCCUUCCAAGUUUCGGUUUUACGGAUUGAAAUUCGAUUUUUCUCACUCGUCCUUCCUACGCACGUGAAGCCUGACGGGCACUACACACGCUGAAAUCCCCGCUCCCGAGCCUCCUCCAGCAGUUCUUUUGCCUGUGAGUGUGGUGGAAGCAGGUUAAGGGGUUGUGCUGAGGCCUUUGAAGGCACAUCCUGAAAAUGCAGACGUGACUCCUCAGCCUAUCAUCCCAGGAGAAAGCAACCCAGAGCAGGAGCAGGACCAGGAGGACAUGGCUGCUUCUCAGGGAUCGUUGACCUUCAGAGAUGUGGCUGUAGAUUUCUCUCAGGAGGAGUUGGAGUGCCUGGACCCAGCUCAGUGGAAAUUAUACACAGAUGUGAUGUUGGAGAACUACAGGAACUUGGUCUCCCUGGCUAUGUCAUCUGAAGACUAUCAGGGCUUGUUGCAAAAGCCAGGAAUAGAAGAUUUAUUCUCUAAAGUACUACUGAGUACAUACAAUGAAGACAGAAGUUGUCGGUGCAGUGAAGAUUGGAAAAUUUUUAACAACAAGUCAAAUCCUAAUAAACAUGAGAAUGCUCGUCUUCCAGAAAACUACGAUGAAGGUGGAUACGUCUUUGACCAAAUGUCAAAUCAUAUUACACAUCAGCGUAUUCCUAUUGUGGACACAACAAACGAACGAAGCAAUUAUGUCAGAAUCUUUAAGCAAUCUUCAAAUAGUACCAACCACCAGAAUAUUCCUAUUGGGAAGGAAGUUUACAAAUCUUUACCGUGUGAGAAAGUAUUCAGUAAAGUAUUUAAUAUAAAUAGAGUUAAAAUCUCCACAGGAGAAAAACAUAAAUGGGAACAACGUGGUAAAACAUGUAAUUGGCCUUCAAGUCGUACUCUACAUCAGAAAAUGCAUACUGGAAAGAAGUCUUAUAAAUGUAGAGAAUGUGGUAAAGCAUUUAGCCGCUCCUCAACCCUUAUACAACAUCAGAACAUUCAUACCGGAGAGAAGCCUUAUAUAUGUGGAGAAUGUGGUAAAGCCUUUUGCCACUCUUCAAACCUUACUCAACAUCAGAAAAUUCAUUCUGGAGAGAAGCCUUAUAAAUGCAGAGAAUGUGGUAAAGCCUUCAUCCAUUCCUCAAACCUUACUCUACAUCUGAAAAUUCACACUGGAGAGAAGCCAUAUAAGUGUAGAGAAUGUGGUAAAGCCUUUAGCCACUCUUCAUCCUUUACUCAACAUCAGAAAAUUCAUUCUGGAGAGAAGCCUUAUAAAUGCAGAGAAUGUGGUAAAGCAUUUAGCCGCUCCUCAACCCUUACUCAGCAUCAGAACAUUCAUACUGGAGAGAAGCCUUAUAAGUGUAGAGAAUGUGGUAAAGCCUUUUGCCAUUCUUCAAACCUCUCUCAACAUCAGAAAAUUCAUUCUGGAGAGAAGCCUUAUAAAUGUAGAGAAUGUGGUAAGGCCUUUAUCCAAUCCUCAAACCUUAUUCUACAUCUAAAAAUUCAUACUGGAGAGAAGCCUUAUAAAUGUAGAGAAUGUGGCAAAGCCUUUAUCCAAUCCUCAAACCUUACUCUACAUCUGAAAAUUCACACUGGAGAGAAGCCUUAUAAAUGUAGAGAAUGUGGCAAAGCCUUUAGGCGUCCCUCAACCCUUAAUCAACAUCAGCGAAUUCAUACUGGAGAGCAGCCUUAUAUAUGUAGAGAAUGUGGUAAAGCGUUUAGGCGCUACUCAACCCUUAUUCAACAUCAGAACAUUCAUACCGGAGAGAAGCCUUAUAAAUGUAGAGAAUGUGGCAAAGCCUUUAGCCGGUCCUCACAAAUUAAUCAACAUCAGAGAAUUCACACUGGAGAGAAGCCUUAUAAAUGUACAGAAUGUGGCAAAGCCUUUAGAAGUUCCUCAACCCUUAAUCGACAUCUGCGAAUUCAUACUGGAGAGCAGCCUUACAUAUGUAGAGAAUGUGGUAAAGCCUUUAGCCAGUCCUCAAGUCUUACUAAUCAUCAGAAAAUUCAUAAUGGAGAAAAGUCUUAUAAAUGCACAGAAUGUGGCAAAGCCUUUAGGUUGUCCUCCAAUCUUACUCAACAUCAAAGAAUUCAUACUGGUGAAAAACCUUAUACAUGUAGAGAAUGUGGGAAAGUCUUUCGGUAUUCCUCAUCCUUUACUAAACAUCAGAAAAUCCAUAUUGGAGAGAGGCCUUAUAAAUGUAAUGAAUGAGGUAAAAUCUUUUGGCAGUCCUCAGAGCUCACUAUUCAUCAAAAAUUCAUAAUGGAGAUAAGUCUCAUAAAUGCACUGAUUGUGGGAAAGGCUUUAUGGAGUCAUCAACCCUUCCUCAGCAUCAGAGAAUUCAUGCUAGUGAAAAAGCCUUACACAUGUAACAAAUGUGGUAAAGCCUUUAUCCACUCCUCAACCCUUAUUAAACCUUAGAGAAUUCAUAUCAGAGAGGAGUCAUGUAAAUGUAGGAAAGACAGUAAAGUCUAAGCAGUCCUCAGCCCUUCCUGUUCAUCAGAGUAAUCAUACUUGAGAAAAGUCUCAUAAAUGUGGAGUAUGCAAUAAAACCUUUAAUCAUUCUUCAGAACUACUCCACAUCUUGUCAUUCAUACUGUAGAGAAACAAUAUAAAUAUAUGUGCCAGAUCUUUAAAUUUUCAAUGAUGUCUUAUCCAAUAUGAAAUAAUUAACUUUUGAAUAAACCAUGCAAAUGUAGAGAAUGUGGCAUAGCUUUCAAUCUGUGCUGAAAACUUAACAUUGAAGAAUUCAUGCUGGAGAUCAGAAAAAUUUUAAAACUUCAACAAAAACUGUAGCCAUUUUCAAACCUCAUUCAACAUCAAGGAAUAUAUAGUGGAUGAGAAACCUUCAAAAUGUUAAUGGAUUGGUAAAGUGUUUAAUCUUAAUUCACAUCUCUCCCAAUAUCGGGUAAUUCAUACUGGAGACAGCCUAGCAAAUAAAAAAAAUGUGUCAAAACUACCCAUUCACACACCUUACUCAACAUGAAAAUUUUUUCCAAGGAAAAACAAUACUAAUGAAUGUUGAACCUGUUUUUUCAGCAUUCACACGUUUGACAUGUGAGAAUUCAUACCAGUGAAAAACCUUAAGAAA